GACCGAUGUAAGUCCCCCUUGAUUGAUGGCUUUGAAAGCAUAUUCUGACAAAAAAUUAAUCAAAAAUCCGAAGGUCAUUCGGACGAAAUGUCAUACGAAUUCGAGUAGAUCGAUCAUCAAGAUGUCGGAUAAUACAAAAACUUCUAGUGAAACAAAAGACGAAAAUGAUUCUAGUGGUUUCGAUCCCAAAGAUCAUCAGCACAUUAGGUAUAAUCCAUUAAAAGAAGAAUGGGUUUUGGUUUCACCUCAUCGAAUGAAACGCCCUUGGGGUGGUCAGGUAGAAAAGAGCAACGACGAAGAUCUUCCGGAAUAUGAUCCUACCAAUCCUCUGUGUCCUGGUAACUCAAGAGCUGGAGGGAACGUCACUCCAGUCUAUACAAAGACAUAUUCCUUUGUCAAUGAUUUCCCAGCUCUUCUGGAAUCAGUGCCAGGGCCACAGAAAUCAUCGGAUGAGUUGUUCCAAAUGGAGGCUGCCCGUGGCACAUGCAAAGUCAUGUGUUUCCAUCCUAAGUCCAACGUUACCAUUGCUCUUAUGACAGUAGACGAAAUCAUUGAAGUAGUUAAGCAGUGGAUUAACGAGAUGCUUGAGUUGGGAAAAAAAUGGACUUGGGUCCAAAUCUUUGAGAACAGAGGAGCACUCAUGGGUUGCAGUAAUGCUCAUCCUCAUUGCCAGAUUUGGGCAAGCUCAUAUUUACCCACAGAAGCCAAAAGAAAAGAUAAAGCUCUCGCCGAUUAUUACGCUCGGAACAACAGACCGCUUUUGAUUGAUUACAUGGAAAAAGAGCUAGAAAAGAAAGAACGUAUCGUUCUGGAAAAUCGUGACUGGCUCGUGGUGGUGCCCUAUUGGGCAGUAUGGCCUUAUGAAACGAUGAUUCUCCCAAAGAAACAAGUGACUAGAAUGCAAGAGCUUACGGACUCUCAGCGAGAAACACUUGCAGUCGCGAUGAAAAGAUUGUGCACGAAGUAUGACAAUUUGUUCGAAUGUUCGUUCCCAUAUUCGAUGGGUUGGCACGGAGCUCCCACGGGUUCAUUGAUUGACAAAAACUUUCCAUACUGGACUUUCCAUGGGAUAUAUUUACCGCCUUUACUGCGGUCGGCAACCAUUAAGAAACACAUGGUGGGAUAUGAGCUCUUGGCUCAGGCGCAGCGGGAUUUGACGCCGGAACAAGCGGCUGAAAAAUUGCGUAGUCUCAAUGAAAAUCAUUAUAAACACCCUGAGACGAGUCUAACCGCUGAACAAAUAUCAAAAUAUGGAUAAAUCACGAAUUAUUGUGAAACAAACCAAAACAAUGUUCAACUAGAAAACCAUCGUUUACCAUGUAAUAUCUGCCAUCAACCAAAGUGUACCAAAAAAUAAUUCUAACGUAUUCUAUAUUUUUAUCCCCAUGUGUGAGUGAUAUAGAUAUUCCAUUGUAAAACCUAUUAAUAAAUUGGGAAUGUUGGAUCAA